CGAGAAACAACGAGAACAUUUUCACUGCAACUCUUCUGUUUUUGCUUUUGUUUCUGUCUUUCUAGCACACACCAUACCUGUUAUUCCAAAUGGCCCACGCUCAACCUCAGAUGAUGGAGAUGCCUGACAUGUCCAACGCAAUUAUUGCCCAGGACGAAAUGGGCAGGCCUUUUAUCAUUGUCAAAGACCAGGGAAAGAAAAAGAGAGCCCAUGGAAUUGAAGCUACAAAGUCCCAUAUUUUGGCUGCCAGAUCAGUGGCCUCAAUUAUCCAGUCCUCGUUGGGACCAAGAGGUUUGGACAAGAUUUUAAUUUCUCCCGAUGGCGACAUUACUAUAACUAACGACGGUGCGUCAAUUCUUUCUCAAAUGGAGUUGGACAACGAAAUUGCAAAGUUGUUGGUUGAAUUGUCCAAGUCUCAAGACGACGAAAUUGGCGACGGAACCACAGGUGUUGUUGUUCUUGCUUCCAGUUUACUAGACCAGGCAUUAGAACUCAUCGAUAAGGGCAUUCAUCCAAUUAAAAUAGCAAAUGGGUUUGAUUUGGCCUGUAAGAUAGCUGUCCAAAAAUUGGACGAUAUUUCUGAAGAAAUUGAAAUUGAUGAUGAUAAAGCAGAUUUGUUAAAAGCUGCAAAGACUUCCCUAGGAUCAAAGAUUGUAUCUAAAUUUCACGACCAAUUUGCUAAAAUGGCUGUGGAUGCAGUAAUAUCAGUGGCUGAUUUAGAGAGAAAAGACGUUCAGUUUGAUUUAAUCAAGAUGGAAGGAAAAGUUGGUGGUUCUUUGAGCGACUCCAAAUUGAUCAGCGGUAUCAUAAUUGACAAAGAGUUUUCGCAUCCCCAAAUGCCUAAAUCAAUCGAAGAUGCCAAAAUCGCCAUUUUAACAUGUCCAUUCGAGCCUCCAAAGCCUAAAACUAAACACAAAUUGGACAUUUCAACAGUGGAAGAAUUCAAGAACCUACAAACUUACGAACAAGAGAAAUUUCAAGAAAUGAUUGAUUACGUUAAAAAAUCCGGUGCCAAUUUGGUUAUAUGUCAAUGGGGUUUUGAUGAUGAAGCUAACCAUUUACUAUUGCAAAAUGAUUUGCCCGCCGUAAGAUGGGUUGGUGGUCCUGAAAUUGAGUUGCUUGCAAUUGCGACCAACGGUAGAAUUGUCCCAAGAUUCCAAGAUUUAUCAAAUGAAAAAUUGGGUACUUCGGGAACAGUCAGAGAAAUUGAAUUUGGUACAACUAGAGACCAUAUGUUGGUAAUUGAACAGUGCAGCAAUAAAAAGGCUGCUACCCUAUUCAUCAGGGGGUCAAAUAAAAUGAUAGUCGAUGAAGCUAUUAGAGCCUUGCACGAUUCGUUAUGUGUUGUACGUAACUUGAUCCGUGACAAUAGAAUUGUUUAUGGAGGUGGUGCUUCCGAAAUAACAUGUUCCAUUGCCGUCAACGAGGCAGCAGAUAAACAAAAGGGCAUUGACCAAUAUUCAUUCAGAGCCUUUGCCAAUGCACUAGAUGUUAUUCCAAUGACACUAGCCGGCAACUCAGGGUUAGAUCCCAUCGAAACAUUGUCCUACAUCAAAUCCAGACAAAUCAAAGAAAACAACAGCAAAUUGGGUGUUGAUUGUUUGGGCAAAGGCACCAACGACAUGAAAGAACUAUUCAUUAUCGAUCCAUUAAUAGGUAAAAAACAACAGCUAUUGUUGGCUACGCAGUUAACCAGAAUGAUUUUGAAGAUAAACGACGUCAUCAUCACCGGUAAGGACACCUACUAAGCAUGAUAGUUCCGAUAUACUUAUAUACUUUUUCAUAGCUUGAUCAACGUCAAGUAAACCAUCAAUAAAUAAACAAUAGCUAAUUCACAAAUACCAAAUAAAUAAUUCCACAGUUC